GAAGUUUUGAAAAUAAACGUGAUACUUUUCCCCACAACAUUUAAUGUCAGCGCUGUUUCGUUUACAACUUUCCGUCACAUUUUAGCGGAACUUCUUGAAACGACGAGUUGAGCUGAGGAGCAGAACGAAGAAGAGGAGGAGGAAGCUCUUCUUCAGUAUCUGACAGCCUGCUCCGUGAUGUCUCAGCGUCGAACUACACGCAGCCAACUGCGGGCAGCGAUGUCUGCCCCAGAAGAGGAACCGCCGGCCUCCGCGUCAGCCGUCCUGUCGUCUGCCCUGUCUGCUGCCGUGUCAGCUGCCAUGGCGGUUGCCAUGUCCGUGGAUGCUAAGGCUGACCUCGCCACGCUGCUUGACGAAUGGGAAGAAGCACAGCACGGCACCACAGAGCGGCUGGUGUCCAUCCUCACCAAAAUUUCUGAGCUGAUUGAGCGGGAGACUGGAGAGUAUCACAAAGCAGACCCUGAUCCGUUUGAUGACCGUCAUCCAGGACGAGCAGACCCAGACUGCAUGCUGGGGCAACUCCUGAAGAUGCUCUUUAUGAAUGAUGACUUCACUAAUGCGCUGAUGGACACGUAUAUAAUGACGAGCAGAGAGCUGAGCCUCAACACAGCCGCCUGUCGUCUGCUGCAGAACAUCAUGCCGGGCCUGGAGACCGCCGUUGUCUUCCAGGAGAAGGAAGGUCUGGUGGAGAAGCUGUUCUCUUGGGCUCGUGAAGCGGAGCGGCCGCUGUGCAUCUACGCCACGGGCCUGCUGGCCCGAGCCAUGAGCAACCAGGAGGUGGCAGCCAGCUAUAGAGAGGAGAACGCUCUGCUGGUGCCGAUCAUGAUUCAGCGCCUGCACGAGCUGCAAACUGCAGAGGCCAAGUGUCACUAUAGUCCCGCCAAGACGCCCCAGAAUCUACCUCAGGACUCUCAGGUUGAAGCCACUCAAACCUCAAGCAUCUCAACAGACCAGCAGGACAAGACGGAGGGGGAGGAUGUGGGAGAGGAGGGAGAGAGAAAAGAGAGAGACGGAGAGAGCAGCAGGUCGGUGUCAAAGGCCACUUCCAAACCUUUGUCACUGCUCUGUUCGGCCCAGAAGAACAGCGGCUCGAGCAGCAGCUCCACACGACUGCUUCCAGACUUUGUUUACCAAGCGAGGCCAGACUCUGCCUCCAGGGAGACGGACGACAGGCAGGGAGGAAGAGGAGGACAAGGAGGGAGGAGACGGGCGGUGAAGGAGAAUGGGAGAAAGGCUAAGCAGAAACUAAACUUCACCUCCUCCUCCGGCAAGACUGAGGAGGAGGAGGUGGAGAGAAACGACUCUAGCGAGCAGCCGGCCAGCAGCACCUCCUGGUCUGAGAUGAGCUCCAUGGUGAUCGGCUCCGACUACAGCCUCUCACCUCUGAGCCCGGCCAUGGAGCAGAGGCUCAUCCUGCAGUAUCUGACGCCGCUCGGAGAUUACCAGGAGUUGCUCGCCGUCUUCAUGCAGCUGGACACCCGGUCGCUGCUGAUGAACUACAUCGACCUCAGGCAGACCAAAAAUGUCCAGCUCACCUUUGAUGCCCUCCUGUAUCUCGCCUCGUUGCUCCUCCAUAAGAAGUUUGCAGCAGAGUUCAUCGCUCAAGGAGGAGUGCAGAAGCUGCUGGAGAUCCCGCGGCCUUCGAUGGCUGCAACUGGAGUUUCACUCUGCUUGUACUACCUGGCAUACAAUCAUGAUGCUAUGGAGAGGGUGUGCACACUCCCAGACAGCGUGCUGUCAGACAUGGUGUCCUACGCUCUGUGGCUGCUGGAGUCGUCCCACGCCUCAGGCGUCUGCCACGCGACCAUGUUCUUCUCCAUCUCCUUCUCCUUCAGAGCGGUGCUGCAGCUCUUCGACCACCAGGACGGCCUGCGCAGGCUGGUCAACCUGAUCAGUACUCUGGAGAUCCUUAACACAGAGAAUGAGGUGUCCAUAAUGAGUGAUGAUCAGGUUUUCUCCAACCGACAGACAGCCAAACACACCUGCAUGGCCCUGCGCAGGUACUUUGAGGCCCACCUGGCAGUAAAGGCUGAACAGGUCAAACAGUCUCUGCACUCGUCAGAUGGAGGCAUCAUUGUUCCCCAGCAGCCAUUUUAUAAGGCGUAUACGUACACCAGAGAGCAGAUUAUUGAGAUGAUGGAGUUUCUCAUCGAGUGUGGGCCGCCACAGCUCCACUGGGAACCAGUAGAGGUUUUCUACAAACUGUCCUGUGUCCCUUUAAUGCUGCAGCUCAUAUCUACAGCUUGUGACUGGAGGACUUACUAUGGCAGGAGUGACACUGUGCGUUAUGCUUUGGACAUCCUGGCCAUCCUGAUGGUGGUUCCUAAAGUGCAGUUGGUGCUGGCGGACACUGUGGAGGUUCUGGAUGAAGCCAGGUCGCCUGUCUCCACUGUGGGUAUGAGCAUCAUUCUGGGUGUCGCUGAGGGCGAGGUGUUCGUCAACGAUGCUGAGAUCCAGAAGUCAGCUCUACAGGUGAUAAUAAACUGUGUAUGCGCUCCAGACCAGAGCCUGAACACUGUGGGUGCUUUUGCUGUCACCCCCCUUAGGCCGUCCCUCCACCCCCAGCAGCCCCCCGCUCCCCACAACAGAGUGCUGGCUCACAUGUGGCAACUGGUGCAGAACAACAAUGGUAUAAAGGUGCUUCUGUCCCUGCUGUCGGUGAAGAUGCCCAUCACAGACGCAGACCUGAUCCGUGCCCUGGCCUGCAAGUCUCUGGUUGGACUCUCUCGCAGCUCAGCGAUCAGACAAAUCAUCAGCAAGCUGCCGCUCUUCACAAGCAGCCACAUUCAACAGCUGAUGAAGGAGCCAGUGCUGCAGGACAAACGGAGCGAGCACGUCCGUUUUUGCCGAUAUGCCGCCGAGCUGACUGAGCGAGUGUCUGGAAAGCCUCUCCUCAUGGGAACCGACGUCUCAUUGGCUCGUCUGCAGAGGGCUAGUGUGGUCGCACAGUCUCGGAUCACUUUCUCUGAGAAGGAACUCCUCAUGCUGAUCAGAAACCACCUCGUUGCAAAAGGGCUCCAUGACACAGCGAACACGCUUGUGAAAGAGGCGAACUUGUCCCUCUCAUCCCUCUGUCCGAACUCUUCCUCCUGUGUCACCCCACCCUCCUCAUCCCCAAUGAUUCCCAGGACUUGCCGGUCAGCUGGCGGGAUCGCAGCUCGUUUUGCCAGCCCUGUUGGAUCCUCCCCUGUGUCCUCUAUAGCUGUAGCCUCCUCCACCACUCCCACUUCCUCUCGUUCCCUUGCUGUUCCUCACCCUUCAUGCUCCUCUUCGUCUACUUCCACCCUCCCUCCUCCUCCUCAUCCCACAUGUCAUGGGCAGGGCUCACAUCUGGUUGGCCGGAUUUUAUUCACACGGGAACGCCCGCCUGCCCCUUGCAACUCAGGAAAAAAAUUUCGUGCGCUGAAGCAGAAGUCUGACCACGGUGCUUUCAUACAGACUCCAGCCAUGAAGAAGCAGCUAGAGCGACACCUUCCUUCCCCCCCGACCCUCGACAGCAUCAUCACAGAGUACCUUAGGGAGCAGCACGCUCGCUGCCCCAAUCCUGUCACCACCUGUCCUCCCUUCUCCCUCUUCAACCCCCACCGAUGCCCCGAGCCCAAGCAGAGGCGACAGGCAUCGCCCAACUUCACUGCCCGCCUGGGGAGCAGGGUGCUGUACCCGAAGUAUGGAGGAGUGGACAGAGGGUGUCUGGACAGACAUCUGAUAUUUAGCAGGUUUCGUCCAAUGUCAGUCUUCCACGAGGGCGACGGAGACGAGAGUGGUUUCACCUGUUGUGCCUUCUCAGCCCGUGAGCGUUUCCUGAUGCUGGGGACCUGCUCUGGUCACCUCAAAUUCUAUAAUGUUUUCUCUGGAGAGGAGGAGGCCAACUACACCUGCCACACAUCGGCCAUCACACACCUCGAACCCUCCAGGGAUGGGAAAUUGCUGCUCACCUCUGCUUCUUGGAGUGUCCCUUUAUCGGCCCUCUGGAGUAUGGAUGGCGUCUUUAGCAUGAAGAACUCGUUUGUAGACGACCACUACGUGGAGUUCAGUAAACACUCUCAGGACAGAGUCAUCGGCACCAAGGACCAAGUUGCACACAUCUACGACAUCCAGACAGGUCAGAAGACUUUAACCCUCAAUGAACCCGCCCUGGCCAAUAACUACAAAAGGAACUGUGCCACCUUCAACCCCACUGACGACCUGGUGCUGAAUGACGGGGUGCUGUGGGACGUGCGGGAGUCACGGGCCAUCCAUAAGUUUGACAAGUUCAACAUGAACAUCAGCGGGGUUUUCCAUCCCAACGGCCUGGAGGUCAUCGUCAACACUGAGAUUUGGGACCUGAGGACCUUCCACCUCCUGCACACUGUCCCCGCCCUGGACCAGUGCAGACUGGUCUUCAACAGCAACGCCACCAUUAUGUACGGAGCAAUGCUGCAAGCCGAUGAUGAGGAUGAUGCCAUGGACCAGCAGAUGAAGAGUCCCUUCGGCUCGUCCUUCAGAACCUUCGAUGCUACAGACUACAAGCCCAUUGCCACAGUGGACGUGAAGAGAAACAUCUUUGACCUGUGCACCGACUCCAAAGACUGCUACCUGGCUGUCAUUGAGAACCAGGACACAGUGAGCUUGGACACGGUGUGUCGUCUGUACGAGGUGGGACGACAGAAACUGGCAGAGGAGGGAGACGACGAUGAUCAGGAUGAUGAAGAUCAGGAUGAUGAUGACUCCUCAGACACAGAUGACGACGAUGACGAUGAUGACGAUAUGGACACAGACCCGCUCAUAGAGGAACUGGCCAAUAAUGACGACCCAGACUAUGAGGACGGAGCCAACUCUCCCACAGAUCAGGAGAUUGCAGAUCUUCUUGGCAGCAACAGCGACGACGACAACAGUGAUGAUGAUGAUGAUGAAUCAGUAGACUCAGAAGGCGAUGCAUACAGAAGUGACGAUCCCUCCGACCCAUUUGACUACCCAAAUUUCUCCCCAGGAGCGUCAGAUGAUGAGAGUCGGAUCCUUCAGGCCCUCAGGGAGCACUGGCCCUCGUGACCUGAGUGAGGACGCUCCUCUGCGGACAACAUGAACCUCAACAAGGCCUUUUUUUCCCUUUUUAAAUCAUCAUUUCUCGUUCUAAAAGGCAAGUUGACUGUGAAUACACUGAUAUGCACAUCGAUGUCCAGAACACCUGUGACAUUCCCUCUCUGCGUUCUGCAGUUUAGAGACACGACAGUCAUGACGAAUAAAUUUUCCCCCCACGGGGCUCAGAUGAGAACACUGACUUUUCACUGGACCUUGCUUUCUGCUUUGCUUCAGUAGGAGAGAGUAUUUGUGAAUGAAAAGUAUUUAUGGUGUUUUACCUGGCUCGCUGCCUCUGGUGUUGCUCUUGUACUCACUGACCAACUAAUGGAAACUUAUGUGAAGGAGUUUUUAUAGUUUUUUUUCCCCCCAUUUUUUCUGUGGAUGGAUAAUUUAAGUUUAAUCAAAAAAUUUCACAGCACUUGAAGCCGUAAAUUUAAAUUAAAUUGAUAUUUAAUAAAAAAACUACAUCAGUGUUUUAGCCACUGGCCAAACAUUCUGGUAAAACCUGGUCUCCAUACUUCUGUAGAGAAAGGUUAGUGUAGUUCAUUUAUUUCCACACUGCAUCAAUCCUCCCUACAUAUUUGUUUUCUUCCCAAACAAUCGCAGCUAAAAGCCAAAUAUUCACAUAAAGGCAGCGACCAAUGUGGAAUCACAGGCUCAUUCAGCAUUCCUCAUUUUACAGCAAUAAAAACAUGAACAUUUUUUAUCCUCAAAUACACCCAGAGACAAUGUAAAGUCCCAAGAAUGUUAUGUAAAGAUGUAAAGAUAGAGUGAACAAAAGCUAGCCGUAGAUCUUGCUCCUUAAGCCUGCUGGAUCAUCACAGAAAUGCUCCCAUUUUGCUCGCGCAUAUUAGAAAUAUCUUUGUUUCCAUGCACCGAAUAAAAACACCAACUUUUGUGUCUUGUGAGGAAUCAAAAUACCCAACUCUUCAUCAAGCAGUAGAGGUUUCCACUGUGUCUGUGGGCUGAGAUCAGCAGUUUGUUAAUGGGAUAGGUCAGAUUGAGGUAUUUGGUGUAUUACCUAUUAUAGAUGUCAGCCGGCACGCUCCCAGUUAGGAGAAGCCGACAGUAACAGCUUCAAUUCGUUCUACCAUCUACUGUAGGUAAUGCACUGACUAUGCUAAGUACCUUAUAUAACCCCACUUAAAAAACCUUCUGUGUCCAAACUUCUGUACUUCUUCUUUUAACAUCCAGAUCAGAUUUUUGCAGAAGGCGCUGAUGCAUGCAUCACUAUGAGCCAUUUUGUCCUUUGACGCUGUAUAUAAUUUCGCCAUAAAGUCAAUGAUGACCCAGGCGUGGCAGUGACAUAUAGUUUUGUUUAAUUUAAGUUAUUUUGACUUAUUUUAAGUUUAAUUUAUUUCAAUUUUAUAGGGGUUGAUAGCUUUUAUGUGUUGGGAGAAAUGUUUGUAGCCCCUGUGACCCUCAGGUUUCCUUUUGUUUGGUAAACCAGCAGCACUAAGUGGUUGUAUAAAAAAAUUCUUUAAAGGGUAAGUUUGGUGUUUUUCAACCUAGACCCUGUUUUCCCAGAUGUUUGCGUCUAAGUGACUGGUGGGAACAGAAGUCUUUGAAAGUGGUCCAGUAUUGCGUGAGAGAGCUGCAGCUGGCAGCAGUGAAACAGGCUGCAAUGUAAUCACUUGGGGCAAUUAUGCACUAUUAUUGUAUGUCCUCCAAAAGAGCUUGUUUUUGCCACUGACGGGCUCAGAUUAUUAUUAUAAUUGUCUCACAUUAUGGAAAGUAUCCUUACAGAAAGACCUUUGUUGGAAAGAGUGAGGUCCGUUUCGUUUGUCCCAAAACAGCCUCGAAAUUGCCAACGCCAAACACACCAGACGCCAUUUGAAUAAAUAGUAAUUUUAGCGUGUGUAGAGGCAACAUAUUGUCACAUCUAACAGGGUGAGUAAAGGGUUUAAUUCAAACCAGAGUUGGUCAUUGUUGGAACAGUGGAAAGACCAGCCAGGAUGGGUUUGUGAUUUUUAUUUUGUUUUUUUGGACUUUGAAUGAAGUAAAAUUACUGUUUAUUAAAAUGGAGUCUGGUUGCUUUAGCAAUGGUGAUUGUGAGGCUUUUUUUGGUUCUCUUUAACAAUAAGGUCUAUCUCUGUAGUGAUUCAUUUCAUUAUGUUUGUCAGUUGCAAAAACAUUUAUUGGGCGUUAAUUGACGAUGCACAAUUGCCCCAAGUGGUAACAUUCCAGCCUGUUUCACAUCUGCCUGCUGCAGUCUCACCAAACUGGACCAGUUUCAAAAACUGUUGUCUGUUAUCUGAAUAUUUUUAAAAGAAUACUUAAACUGCAAAAUUCCAUUUGUAUGCCAAGUACUCACUGUGCUACCUUGCAUUCUUGGAGACUUUUUUCCUAACAUGCCUUGAUGGUGAACGGAGAAUCCAAAAACUGCAAACAGUCUUCAUGAGUUGAAGUGAAUGGGGACCAUAUUUACAGCAAAACUAUAUUAAAACACUGGUUUACGAACUCUCACACUCUCCUGCGGUUUAUUCCAAGGUUCAUUUAUCCUGUCGUAUUCUCAGUACUUCCCAAACACAUGCAUUUUCACAGGCGUGGACAAAUUGCGUCCCUGGGAUGUUUAGAUAUAGUUUUUUUUGUUGUUUAACGUGGACCCUGACUACUUCAGUUCAGUUCAUGAAGAAUAUUUGCUUUUUUGGGAUUCUCUGUUCAGUGUGGGCGCAUGUGAGAAAACCAAUGUUUUCUUCAUGAAUUUAAGGUAACACGCAGUAAGUAAUCGACAUACAAAUGGACAUUUUGUGAGUGAAGUGUUCCUUUAAAGUCUCAAUUUUCUGAGGACAAAAACCAGCAGAGCUCUCAGUGAGUUACUGCGUCAACAGUGUGUGAACAGCAACAUUACUUUUUGGGAAAAUACUACUACUAAUGAUAAUAAUAUCAGUGUUAGAGCCAGUGUUAUAUACAUGUCAUGGCUGUUGGAUGGACAUUUGUAGCAGCUGAUAAUGUUGGCGAGCUUCAAAUGGGAUAGAAACACAGUCAAACAUGUCAUAAGUUAUUUACAUUAUGCAACGAUGGUUACGUCAAAUGUGUUAUCGAAGUUUGAUUUAAAUCAUUAUUGAAUAAACACCGUGAAGGUGAGCAGGUGUUCAUUUUCAUACAUUUAAAUUAACAUUUUGUUUGUGUCAUUUUCCAGCAAUUAAUUAAUUAUCAGCUGCUACAAGGUUUCAGACACAAGGAGGAAAAUAUAUAUUUGUAUUAGCACAGUAUUUCUAUUUUACAGCGCGCUUACCUCAUCACUCAACAGUCGACCAUAGUGAGUGUCAUCAUUACGGGUUAACAACACAACCAGUUGACACAAGGAACUUUAUUCUGUAUAUUACAUUUGUCGUACCAACACGAGGCAUGUUGGUGUCUUCAUGCUGUUCUAACUAUUUUGAAACUGCGUCAAACAAUCUGUGACAGAUUUCAUGAAGCUGUAAGGAGCCUGGAUUGUGUCCACAGCUGUUUGGAGUGUCGUUUGAUUUUGCUUUUCCUUUUGUUAAAGAUUGUUCUGGUGAUAAACCAGUCGACGUCGCUGCUGUUGGAUGAAAAUGUUACAGGGUCAGGGUUUGUGUUUUUCCAAAUGAUCCAGAGGUUUUUACACACUUGAUGUCUGUGUCAACAGAAGUCGCUUAAUAAAAAAGUACAAGAAAAAAAAUAGUUUUCAUGCCACAGCAGCUUUUUGGAGCCAUAUAGUCAACAGUUUUACAAUAGAUUGUAUUGUUUAUGAACAUGUUUAAAUUGUUGUAAAUGGUUAAGAGGAUUAUCAGUUCAGUUAAGUUCUACUUUAAUAAUAAAAGAUCUUUUCCCUUCUUGUAA